UAAUUAUUCCUCCUUCAUGAAGUACGACAAAAAACUGUCGCAAAUAUCAGUGAGUCAAUUGGUACUGAUUGAUUAAUGUUAAUAUCUCAUAACAAUAUAACUGGACGCUGACCAGUAACAGUCUGUCUCGGCGCGAUUACGUAAUUUCUCUCCGUGCAGUGCAGGAGGCCCUCUGCCAUUUCGCAUUUCCGUCGAGCUAUCCAGAGCUAUCACUGCUAUCAGUUAGGUAACUCACUCAUACAUCGUGUUCGAUCUUGGAGCAAGUGAGCAAUGGCAAGUAGACUAUUUGUGAGUUAUUUACGACCUGUUAUUCAAAUCCAAAGAUGUGGAUUGGUGACAGUGGAGAAAGUUAAUAAUAGGGAUGUAGUAGGCUAUGGAUACAAUGGUGAACCUACUUACUUGGAUAGAGUGGAUUUUCCCUAUCCUGCGAUACGCUGGAAAGAAAAUACUGCUGAUAUCAUGGCAUUGAGAGAGAAGGAGAAAGGAGACUGGAAGAAGCUAUCAAUCGACGAGAAAAAGAUACUGUAUCGUGCCAGUUUCCGUCAAACAUUUAGCGAGAUGAAUGCAUCGACAGGAAAAUGGAAAGGCAUAUUGGGAAUGUUUCUCCUGGUACCAAGCGCUGCCAUAUGGCUGUUUUUGUAUUUCAAGGAAUUCUCUAACCCGCCUUUGCCUGAAACAUUUUCGAUGGAGAGACGGUUGGCGCAAUUGGAUCGCAUGAAGAAACUCGACAUGAAUCCGAUCGACGGUCUCUGCGCUCGAAAAUAAAUUAAUUAAAUUUACCCUGCUACUAAUUACUUAGUCAUCAUGUACAGUA